AUGUCGUCGUCCCAUGAAGGAGAAGUUUCUCUUGAUCUCUCCCUUCAAAUUGGCCCUCCAACCACUGAUGAUCUCGCUCUCUCCGACAUAAGCAUGUUUCAGAGGCCUCGAGAAGCACACCAGAUCACUUCUCCCAGCAAUAUUGUAUGCCUGGUGAACCCCUACUUCCGCCCAUCGCCGAUGCAGCUGCCGGCGUGGAGCAUAAACCACCACCGCCGGCAUGAUCACCAUCUCGAACUUCAGGUGCAGAAUUACCGAAACGCCAUGGUGAGAUCGAGACUCAUGGCGUUCGAGUAUCCGACAAUGAAGCAGAGCGCGAGAGCACCGAGGAUGCGAUGGACCAGCAGCCUUCAUGCGCACUUUGUCAAUGCUGUUCACCUCCUCGGCGGCCAUGAGAAAGCUACGCCAAAGUCAAUUUUAGAGCUGAUGGAUGUGAAAGGUCUCACUCUUGCCCAUGUCAAGAGCCACUUACAGAUGUAUAGAGCUCUUAACUCUAGCGACAAACCUACAGCUUCAACAGGAUCCAGCUUCAAUUCAGUUCAGACUCUGAGGAUCGUUGUAGAUCAAAUGGCUCAAAUUCUUUUUCGUGUGAUGGUCAGGAAAGGAAAGAUUCAAGCUUGGAAUUCACCUUGGGAAGAUCAGGCUGGCAAUCCACAUUGUAGUGGAACAAGAUUGAAGUAA